AUGCGACCGCAGGCUGGUAGCACCGCUGAUGGAUCGGGAGUGACACCAGACUCCCAGAGGAAUGUAUUUCGUCCUGCUGUCGAUGAAAAUGGGAACAGCCGGCGAACACGCUCUGGUAACCUGAAUCGCACAUUCAAUGCGAAAGAGCAACUUCUGUCAACAAAGCUUCUGGAUGCGCAAGAUACCUUGGAUAUCAUCGCCGCUGCCGGAUCUAAAGAAGACGGCGCAAGCGAGGCCAGUUUGAGCUUGGAAGGGACCCAAUCUGCAGCAACGCAUCAGCGUACAAUUGUCAGACCGGCACCGACCUCUAUCGCGUCUACCUGGAGCCAAUUCCUUCUAGUCAAGCGGAAGAUCAUCCGCGUUGAUGAGGUGAAUGAAUACCUUGACUUCUACUUCGCACACCUGUGGCAUCUCUUCCCUGUCUCUCUUGUCGCUGAAGAGCCGGUUCUCGCCAUGAGCUUAAUAAUGACAGCGGCCAGGCAUCAUCCACUGAGUGGGUUCAAUGGAGAAGCUCGGUCCGAAAUAGUUCACUGGCGCACAUGGCCAUGGGUUCAGCGUGUUCUCCAGUCGUCUAUAUGGGGAUCAUCAGUGAUGCGAAAGCCAGGUUCCGUUGCGGCUUUGCUCUUAUUUAUCGAAUGGCAUCCCCGAGCUAUUAACUCCCCAGAGGACAUAGUAGGCGACUGCAGCGAAAUAGAUAUAUUUGAGCCACAAGCUCAGACAUCAGAAGGUGCGCCAGCAUACAGAAGUAACAAAAUGUCCUGGAUGCUCUUGUCUACUGCUAUCGAUCUAGGUAAGGAGCUAGGUUGUUUUGACGAUAAAAAUGUCCUCCCCCACCCCCGUGCCGGAGGUGCUCCACUCGAGAACGACCCCGACAGGCUCGAGUGGUCUCGCAUCCUGUGCACAUUCCUCUGCCUUACAGACGAAGCUCUUGCACUACGCCUCCGACUCGACCCUCAACUGGCAAACACCAACUGGACAGAAAUGGUGUAUCGGCUCCCAUCUACUCUUACGGCAGAUGGGUUCUCAGAAAACGCUGUGGACCUCGCCAUCCAUAUGCGCAAGGCACGAGAACUCCUUCUAGCUUGGAGGAAAAGUGAGCACGGUGCCGGACCUCCCGUUUCGGCCGCCGCGUGGGACAGUUUCAAGCGAGGGCUUGAUCGCUGGGAAACCCAGCGCCACUUUAGCAGAUCUGACCUAUCCCUGCGCGGGGCCUGCCUCGAUAUAGAAUACUACUAUGUCCGGCUCUGUGGGCUUAGUCCGGCUGCACACAUGUUCGAGAGGUCGAUGGAGCGGCACGAACAUACGGACCCCUGCGCAAUGUCACUAUUGCAGUUCGCGGAAGCAGCCACCAAAGCCGCAAUCGACAUGCUCGAGCUCUUAACGCAGUACUUGGCCCCGUCCCUGCCCUUCAAGCGCGUAGCCGUAAGACAAAAUGCUCCUGACGACAUUCACAUGUCGCAGCGGUAUGCAGAUUUGCUAGAAGUUCUCAUCAACGCGGCAUUACGGCCGUCCUCUUUGACGGGUAAUACUACUUCAGGGGGCAGCCAGACAGAGGUUAAUGGCCGCCAACCGAGUCUGGAUCGAGUAGAGAGCUCGGGCGUCGAAAAUUGCUCACUUGAUUUGGGGUGGAUAUCUAUGACUCGAGCUUUUGGAACAAUUUGCCGGAUAUGA